UUACUGCAUUGUCAGGUGCGAGGUUAACUACAGACCAUAUCGGACAAGUGGUCUAAUCACGCUCAACAAGAGUACAGUUCACGCACACAGCAGCAGUGAUAACGAACUAACCAGGGACUACAGAAUGAACGGAAAUGUUAAUGGAAUUGAUUUGGACGUCACAAACCUUAAGUUACAGGAUGUCGCAAAAGUUCAACAAACAGGUACCUUCAAGGUCAAGGCAGGACUCGCUCAGAUGGCAAAGGGAGGUAUUAUAAUGGAUGUAACGACAGCGGAGGAAGCACGAAUCGCCGAGGAGGCGGGGGCAUGCGCUGUGAUGGCUUUAGAAAGAGUUCCAGCUGAUAUUCGCCGUCAAGGAGGAGUUGCCCGGAUGACAGAUCCAAAGUUAAUCAAAGAAAUCAUCGCUGCUGUUACUAUCCCUGUCAUGGCGAAGUCGAGGAUCGGUCAUUUUGCCGAAGCCCAGAUCCUGGAAUCCCUUGGAGUAGAUAUGAUCGACGAGUCUGAAGUACUAACCCCAGCAGACGAAGUAAACCACAUCAACAAACACGACUUCAAAGUCCCGUUCGUGUGUGGUGCACGAGAUUUGGGCGAGGCUUUACGAAGAAUCUCAGAAGGUGCCGCCAUGAUAAGAACAAAAGGAGAAGCAGGGACAGGCGACGUUUCACAGGCUGUAAAACACGCCCGAACAAUCAGCAAACAAAUAAAAAUUGCUCAGGCUAUGGACUCUACGGAAAUCUUCAAUUACGCAAAAGAACUUCGAGUUCCGGUGGAGCUGCUGAAGAAAACAGCAGAACUAGGCAGACUUCCUGUUGUCAAUUUUGCUGCUGGGGGACUAGCGACCCCUGCAGAUGUGUCGCUAAUGAUGCAGCUAGGUGUGGAUGGAGUCUUUGUGGGGUCAGGAAUCUUUAAGAGCAGCAACCCGCCAGUUCGUGCUCUAGCCAUGGCGCAGGCUGUCACACAUUACAAGGAACCUGCCAUUCUGGCGCAAAUCAGCUCUGGACUAGGGGAAGCUAUGUUUGGAACGCCAGCGGCAGACAUAGAACUGAAGAAAAAGUUGGCAGGAGUUCCACCGGAAAAACAGGAGAUCUGGAAUUCCACAUUGGGUGUGAAAUGAGGAUUGCUGAUGAAAAUUAUUGUACCUACUGCAUCCAAGUUGUAGGGAAUUAACUGUUUUCAAUGUAUUUUUUAUGUAUCUGUAUAAAUUAGUAUGUCUGUAUGCAGAUUCUGUUAGUCUGUAUGAAUGUGCUGUUUUUUUGUAUGAAUGCUGUGUCCGUCUUUAUGAACCAAUGCUUACAUCUAACAUGCACUUUACACCUGAUUUACAAUGCUAAAAGACAGUAUGUAUGUAAAGUUUUGUGACAUACCAUCCAAAAAUAAAUGAUAUUGUCUGUUGCUGUAGCAUACGUUGGACUUGCAUUUUACACCCAAGAGACUAAAGAAUAGAAUUAACCAAUUAACCAAAUCCCAGCUUAUCACGAAGAAUUUACGAUUUUUGAAACCUUGGUGAUUUUGUGCAUCAAUGGAUGCAAAUUUUGUCUCCACAGCAUCGGUUCCUUUUCGAAAAUUUAAGUUUUCUCUGUCAUCAAAAAACAUUGUAAUGUGUUUUGUACAUGUAGCAAAUUGAUCUGUAUGCAGUAAUAUAUUGCAUUCGUGUU